AUGGCUGCCUACUUUGUCCAGCGGCACGAAGAAUCUCCCUUGUGCACGCUAGCAAGAUGGGAAGCUUCAGUUAAUACAGGGGUUACAAAACCAUCAAAUCUAAAAGAAGAAAAGCAUAUACAAGUGGUUGCUUAUGAGAAGAUGAUUCAUCAUCCACAAUUCUCCAUCACGUCUACUGAGCAUAACUUCAUGUUAAAUAAGCUGCAGACCCAUAUUGAACUCAAUGACUAUGUGAAACUGGCCAGCCUGCCCAAAGAACCUGCCACUGAAGACACCAUGUGCACUGUCUCAACCUGGGCCUACAAUGUGUGUGAUCUCUACAAGGACCCCGACUCACUGCAGAAUGUCAAUAUCUCUGUAAUCUCCAAGACUGAGUGCCGCGAAGCCUAUAAAACCUACAUCAGAGAUAGUAUGAUGUGUGUGAGCAUCAUGCCAGGAAGGAGGCUGCCCUGCAAGGAAGUCACAGCUGCCCCUGCCAUGUGUGAUGGGGUACUUCAAGGAAUCCUGACUUUUGCAGAUGGAUGUCUUUUGAGAGCCGAUGUUGGCAUCUACACCAGAAUCAUUAACUACAUACCCUGGAUUGAAAAUACCAUCCGGAACAACUGAGCUCUCAUGAUGGGAAUUCUAGACCACAUGACACCACGUGUCCCCAAGUCCAGCCUCAGAAUUAAA